GCGCGUGUCCACGAGUAGCGCCAAAAUCUUGCUAUGGUGGUAAUGGCGGUGUAGUGAAGUACUACCUGUCCGCAGUGCGCCUUCGACACAAACACCGACCGUUUGCCCUUACGACGGAGUGCUCAAGCUUUGCUACUAAACGAGUUAUCGGGCGAAUAAUUAGAGCGUCCAGUCGUAGCUGCAUUAAAUGCUGCAAUAAUCCCAAUUGUCUUGUGCGCAUUUGGGAAAGUGCUCGCUCACAAUGAGUUUUGGAGGCAGCACCUCGCAGGAGACGAUUCCUAAGUUUAAAUCGUUCGUGUCCGAAAGUGAGCUUGAAGAAAAACGCAGGAAAAGGCAAGAAGAAUGGGAAAAAGUCAGGAAGGCAGAUGAUCCAGUUGAGGCUCCAGAAGAAGAGUAUGAUCCUCGAUCAUUGUUUGAAAGACUAGAAGAACAGCGAUUGAAGAAGCAAGCGGAUUAUGAAGAAGCACACAAGCUCAAGAACAUGAUUCGAGGACUGGACGAUGACGAAGUCACAUUCCUUGAAUACGUCGACAUGCGGAAGCAAGAGAUAGAAUCACAACGAAUGAAAGAAGAUAUGCAAGAGAUUGAGGAAUAUAGAAAAGCUGUUGCCACACUAUCUGAAGAGGCAUUGGAAGCUAAAAGGCAAGAAAUAAAGAAAAGUACUGCAGCUGCUGCUGCACCUAAUCAAGGAAAGAAAAGUCAGCUGUCUUUGCUGUCGGGUGCUGUGAAGCGCAAGUGUGGAGACUCAAGUGAUGCUGAAAAGAAACAACGCACAAACAGCUCUGGUGAUGAAGAACGGAGCCUGUCACCCAAUGAACAUGUGGGAGUGCAAGCCCCAGUGACCGCACUCCGUUGUCUUGGUGUCCUCCCUGGCCUCGGUGUAUACACAGACAGCAGUGAUUCAGAGAACUCUUCAUUCAGUGAUGAAGCUGACUUGGAGCUAGACCUUGUGGGACGGAGACGCCAGGCACCCAUGCAUCAGGCUGAGCGCUCUCCGAAGCCUAACUAGGCGUUGCUUGUUCUAUUCAACUGUGCUGCUGCAUACGUCAGGAGUGAACUGAGGUGCAGGACACUGUGUGGCAUGUGCAGUCUGCAGUGUCAGAUGUGCAUUGACACAUGCACUGACAUCUGUUAUGUGGACAAUAGGGUGCUUGUUUGAUGAACUGACAUAGUGGAACACAGCUCAGAAAAAAGUCUUGGAGAGCAUUGCUGUGUUGGGUUAUAUUAAAAAAAAUGUUACAAGGGGGUUAGGGUCAAGGGUGCAACAUGAACGUUGGAAAUGUUCUGCUCAGACCUGCUGGUUUUUAGUGGAAACGCAAAACAAGGCAAAGUUCCAUCACUACCACUAAUAAUAGCAAUUACAAUUCAGACUUUUUUUUAUCCGAUGUUGUAGCCUUGUUAGUUAAAAAAGGGGCAACGCUUGUGAUAAUGGUUAUUCCCUGUUCUUUCCUCAAAUGUGUGGGAGCUGUGUUAAGCUCCUUGUGCAUGGUAAGAACUUAUGCAGAGACAGCAUGAUGGUAGGCCAAUUGUAGCACAUUUGCCACUAGUAGCACACUGAUGUGGCCUUUGCCUCUUUUAGUGAUUACAGUAGGAAAAGUGCACGAGGUUUCAGGCCAGAUAUCUUUAGUCUGAAAGGGGCCCUGCAACGCUUUCUGAGCAUAGUUAGAAAAUGCUGCCGAUCAGUAGUAGAGGCUCCUGUGAACAUGUGCACAAAAUACUGUAGCACUGCAUGCAGUGGGAAAUUUACAGUGUCGUUUUAAAGAUAGCCAGAAAUUGCUUGCUUCUAUUUACACACUACGCAGCUGGUGGAACAGACUUUGUAGUUGGUGGGAGGGACACGGCCAUUGGCUGACUUCAUGGCCGCGAUACCAUCCCCAGUAAUACUUCAUUGUUUGUUUUGAGUUCAGUAAUUGAAAAAUGUAUGUACAUCAAUAUCAUCAGAUAUGUAGAAAAUGUAUCUUAUUUUUGUACUUUCCAAUCUCAAUCUAUCGUCAUCGGUUUAACGUUUUGUGUUCUCCUACAUUCACGCAAGGCAGCAUUGAGCAUACUACACCCGUCUUAUUUCAAACGCUGCGUGCCUGAGUCUGUCCCUUGCUUAGUAUUGAGCCAGCUAUGAGUACUUACCAGUGCACAUUGUCGUUUCUGAAACCACCUGUACGUUUUCCAGCACACGCUUGCCCUCACCUACAUGCCUGGCGAGCUGGACGCCUUGGCUGACAUCUCUUGGUGUUUAGCCAAUUGAAACCACUUCAAAAUAUGCUAUCUGUAUUAUUUGGCUACUGUCGGUUGGUCAAGCCGAUGCAGGGCAAAGCCAGUCCACACCAGGUUCUCAAGGAGCUCAGCCAGACUUUAGCACUGCAGUUGUGCUUCUUGUGCUCCAUAGGUAUCGCAGCCUCCAUGAGCUGCUGCCAUGUGUCACGGUGGCACCUGUCUGUACUAGAAAUGUAUGAAUAUGUUUCAAAAAAAUGCAAAAAGAAAAUGGUCAAGGUCGUGACAUAUGCUGACGUAGCUUCUCGUGCGCUUGUCUAGACUAAAGAAGAGCGAAAAUGCUUGGAGCCUGUAAUAAAGCCUAAUGACUUCGCUUACACUUGAAGGAUUUGAAAACUUUUUGUGACAACAGAUUCAUGAGACAGUGAACUCCUAUUUCGAUGUUACCCGCCACAGUGGUCUAGUGGUUAUGGUGCUCGAAUGCUGACCCGCAGGUCGCGGUAUCGAAUCCUUUGCCGCAGCGGCCACAUUUUCACCAGAUGGUCCAGAAAUUUACCAGGUGGUCAAAAUUUUCGGAGCCCUCCACUACGGCAUCUCUCAUAAUCAAAUCGUGGUUUUGGGAUAGUAAACCCCAGCAAUUAUUAUCCUAUUGUGAUGUCAUUUAAAUGAUCACUUAAAGGUAUUGCAGGGCCCCUAAGAAAUGGUUCUAUUUAUGCAUGAUGCUGGCAGUUUUGACAUUGAAGCGCAAACUCAUCUUUAAUAUGCUUAUCAUCAUUGCUGUAUAGUUCUUGUUGUUUGGAACAAGGGUUGAGCAGGGGCGGGAGGGGACAUGCAGCUUCUUACAAUUACCUAGUGGGAAAACUGGUGCUGCGAUGCUGUUGUAUGCAUGGGAAUGCUGGGAUGUGUCAGAUUCGAAUUGUCAUUGUUCAUGAAGAGCCCGGACACUGCGGAGGCACGCCUGGCUAGAAGCGUUCCUUGAGUCACAAUAGUUAAUUUUGUACUGUAGCAGCACGUAUUGAGCUAUUUAUUUUUUACCAUUACACAGAAUUGAGUUUUAUAUAACAUUGAAAACUUCUGCAUCAAUGUACAAUUUUAUGAAACAUAAAAAGCAGCCAGCGGCCAAGUUGGAAGACAGACGACAAAGUCAGCGUUCACUCUGCGACAGUUUGUCGUCUGUUCUUUCACCAUUUUGUUAUGCCCUGCAGGUGAGAACUUUUAUUCUAGAAUAUAAUACAGGUUAAUGAGAUCCGUUUAUGAAGGUUUUGUUUUAGAGAAGCCUUAUUCGUGUAGCCGUAUCUACGUUUGAGGCCAAGCCGCCUCGCUCAACACCAGCCAACACAAGCCUCACAUACACAUAUACCCCGAUUCCCUUGAGCGCCCAUUAGGAAACUUGCAUAGAUGGUGGCACUAAAUUUCCCUCUAGGUAUCAUUGUCAGAAACUGUGGGUUGAAGCAUUAUACAUUUGUGUCACGAGAUGUGCCGAGUGCUUUAAUUGGGGGGGGGGCACCUGUACAUCAAUAAGGUGUGGGUAGUUGCUGAAGGGAAAGGACAAGCUGUUUGGGAACAGAUAAGGGGCAUUGUCAUGCCUAUAAGUUAUUUGCUAAUGUUUUAACUGUUGUUUGCUAAUGUUUUAACUGUACUGAGUAGCCCUGCCAUAUUGUGCUACUAGGAGCUCUCUUCUUUUGUUCUUGUUUUAGUUGUGGCACAAUAUUAGAAUUAUUGCAAGUUGCAAACAUUUUUAUAUGUGUGCUUAUAGUCUGUCAUCCUUUUGUCAGGUACUGUGCAAAUCGCUGACAGUCAGUUCUGUAAAAUUGCCUAUACAAUUUUGCAAAGGGGACACACAAGUGAAGCACCAUUUGUGAGUGUUAAGUUCUCGUUGCAAGCUUUUACUAAAGUUGUUUGAACCUUGAAAAUGGUUGAA